AUGUCGGCCCCUAAUACACAAAAGACCUUUUUGAUCUUUGGCGCCACAGGCAAGCAAGGUGGUGCUGUCAUUGACAACAUCCUCUCCAACUCGCCUGACUCUCCCUUCCAUAUCAUCGCAGUCACCCGCGACGCUACCACUCGUAAAGCUCAAACUCUUGCGGCCAAUCCCAAUGUAUCUGUUAUUGAGGGUGAUUUGAACAAUGUGGGGGCAAUUUUCGCAAAAGCUGGUCCAGUUUGGGGCGUGUACAGCGUUCAAAUCAAUUCAGAAGCAGAAGACCGGCAAGGCAAAGCCGUCAUCAAUGCUGCUGUACAGCAUGGUGCCCAGCGCUUUGUCUACUCCUCAGGGGACCGCGGUGGACCUGAGCGAUCUCCCAAUAAUCCUACCUACGUCAAGAACUUUGCUGCGAAAUAUGCCAUCGAGAAACAUCUUGAACAGCAGGCGCGCGAUAGCGUACAGCAAAUGACAUACACUAUUCUGCGACCGGUGACCUUCUUCGAAAACAUCACAACUGAUAUCCACGGAAAAGGGUUCGCGCGUAUGUGGGAGCAGAUGGGAAGUAAGAAGCUCCAGAUGGUGUCGACUAAAGAUAUUGGUUGGUUUGCGGCUCAGAGUCUCAUCUGGCCGGAGAUGUACAAAAAUAUGGCGCUGACGCUCGUGGGUGAUGAUCUCACACAGCGUGAGGCGGAUGCUAUCUACUAUGAAGUCAUCGGUCAAAAGAUGGCUCUGGCGCCUUGUCCGGUUGCAAGUGCGGUCAAGUUUGUGUUGAAGGGGUCUGUCGGUGAUAUGUUCAAGUGGUUUGCUGAUGAGGGUUACGGUGGUGAUGUACAAGAGUGCCGUGCCUAUAAUCCCGGGAUGCAAGAUUUCAGAGCGUGGUUGGAAGAGAACAAGGGGAAUUUUGAGAAGAAUAGUUCUUAG